GUGGAUCCACAGAUCGUUGGAUCGCUUGAAAAAAAGAGUUAAUGGUUCUGUAUACAAGUACAAACUGAUAAUUUUUAUAUAUAUUGGCCUUUAGAUGGAUAACAUUAAAAAACCUAGUCCAGAUGACUUUGCCGGCUAUCUACAGUCCGUUGUUCAGUUGGAAGCACUCGAAAGAAUGACACGAACAUUAGAUUCUGAACUCGCAGAUUCCCAGCGGGGAAUGCAAGAUAUAAAGGCUAUAUUUGAUUCAAUUUGCACAGGCAAUAACAUUAAUAAUCACCAUGCGAACAGUCACAUCAGGUAUGAAAACGUUAAAGAUUUUUUGGAUGCAGAUCUACCUAAAUUAAUAAUGCCAGAUAUGGAAGAAAAUAAUUAUGCAGAUGUCGACUUAAAUGCAGUUAUUGGAGAAAUGAAAAGCUAUGUUGAAGAGCUUAAGAAAAAUCUUAUCCACAUAAAUCCUCAACCGACAAACUUUUCAACUCAAAUCAAUCCUUUGGACCUUGAUCAAUAUGCUUCCAGCUUAGAUCAAUUUAAGAAACGUCUUUCUAACAUGAAAAUCAGUAAGAAAAAUAAACCUAACAGAAAUCCAGAUCUCGAAAUUAAAUUAACUCAGUUGUGCCAAGAUGUGAACAUGUUUACUCAGAUGGUCCAAGCGAAGACAACCUUGAGUGAAUACAAUAAGAACUGGACAGAAACUCUGCCCAGUAACAAUUCACUACAUUAUGAUAACAUAAUCAAUCAAUUGCUUUCAAGAAUUAAUGAAGUCACUUAUUUACUACAAAAUAAAAAUCAAACUACUUUUUAACCAUGUAUUAUGAAUAUCUGCUCUGUUAACAUAUUUUCCUUUAAAGGAAAACUAGUUUUUAUUUAUUGAUUUUUGUGCAUGUUUAUUUAAUUAGUUAAUUAAAAUUAGUCUGUAUUAUAAGUCUCAUUAGUAGUCAAACUUUAUCAAGUUAAUAUGUUGUGAAAGUGUUUUUGCACAAUAUAUAUGUAGUUUUUGAGAUCAAUUAGUGGGCUGAGAAAGUAAUAGAUGUGUCUUAUCAAGCAAGCAAAUCACUAGAAUUAUUGGUAUGUGACCUGCAGAGAUCAUAGAAAUGUCUACAUCACGAUCCUAGUAGCCAUUUGUAAUUAGAAAAGUGAACACAGGUGAUAGAAAUGAAGUAAAUUGAACCACUUUUAUUUACCUGCUAUUUUUAUCUUAUAACUCUUAGUCAAAAUGAUUACCUGUAUCAAUAUUGUAGCUCAAAAUAAUCAAGGUGUAAGUAGUAGGUAAAAGGGGUGGUUAGUUGUUGUUUUUUUAGAGUAAAAACACAGUCAUCUAAUAAAAUUAAGUCAUUUAGUUAUUAAUAGUUAUUCAUAUCAGUAAAUCAAAGUAAUUCAUGAAAUAAAGUAGUGUAAACAUCAAAAUUGUCAUAGCUCAUCACAUCAGUUUUACGGAAUUACAAAAACUGCCAUGUGAAAAUGUUACUAAUAAAUUAUGUACUCUCAAGACACUUGCCAUUUUCAGUAAAGUCAAACAAGUCCUUACCCAGCUUAUUGUACAUUUAAUUCUAGUUACUGUUGCUAGUCGUGAAUCUUCAUUCUUUUACCUUCCUUACAGUGAUUUGAAAAGUCUUCUGAUGAGUCUAUUAUCAUUUUAUGGUCAUCAUCCUUUGAAGGCUUUUCAUCAGCUUCUAAAACUUUAAGCUGGAUGCCACAUAAGACAGCACCAUUCAAAGUUUUUAUAGCUUCUUGUGCUGCUCUUACAGAGGCAUACUUGACAAAACCAAAUGUCUUAUUUGGAAAAGUACAUACAUCAAUAAGAUCUCCAAAGCGGCAAAAGGCAUCUCUUAAAGCUGAUCCAGCUGGAGGAUAUGGUUUACAGACUAUAAAGCAUCUUUGUGCAACUCUGCUGUUGGAGUUUGCCAUCGGUCGAGGAGAUGGCAGGGGUACACUACAGAAAUCAUUUGGGGUAUCUAAAUUAUGAGAUUUAUUUUCAAUUUUACCAGUUGUAGCUGCUUUUAUCAAUGUUGAUGCUUCAGCUAUGGCAUCUGCUAGUUGAAGUAAAUCAGGGUUGCCUGCAUCUAAAGAAUUCUUGAAAUUAUUAACAAUAUUUGUGAGAUUAUUGGCUGCCUUAUUUAUAGGGUUUUCAUCAAGCUUGACAGAAACAAUUUCCCCAGAAGGGUAUUCAAAGUUAUUUAUUUUUUUAACUGCGCAUGUGGCAGACUGUUCAUUGUCAUAAGUCACUAUUGCUUUACAAAAACCGUUGUAUGUAUCAAGUGUGUACUGACACUGAAUCAUACCAGGUACAAUAUUAAACAACUUUUCAACAUAUUUUUGAGGCACUUGAGGGCUACAAGUGACAAUGACUGUAGCACAGUUCUGAGAUGGAAUAUUCGGAAGAAGACUUAAGCUAUCCCUUUUUUGUUCUAUGAAAUUAUAGUCUUUGCCAACUUGACUAUUAUUAGAGUAAGAAUCCCCUUGAAAUCCAAAUAGUCCCUCUAAAACAUUUCUGCCACGCUUCAGUUCAUCUUUAGGGGUAGCAAACACAGGUUUAUAUUUUCUGUCACAUUCUUCAAAAGCUUUCGCAGCAUCUAAAAAGUUGGUAUAAUGUACAUAUGCAAAGCCUUUGCAUUUAUCUGUAACUUUAUCCUUUUGCAAGUACACAGAAUCAACAAGUCCAAAUUGGUUGAAAUGAUCAUAUAUUUCACUUUCAGAUAUGUCUUUGUGAACUUUUAUAAAGAGUCUUCUAUAUUUCUCUUCAUUUGUGGAACUUGAAUCAUGCUUACUUGAAGCAAUCAUAACUUUGAUUGGUUUAUUAUUUAUUUUUAAUGGCUUCGCUUGCAGAUCAUGGAUUGCUGCAGCAGCAGAUGACGUUUUACUGAAUUUUAUAUAUGCAACCCCUCUAGGUUCACCUGUAUUUCUAUCUCUAGGCAUAUACAAGUCUUCAACAGUACCAUAUUUUUCAAAAGGAGUUCUUAAAUCUUCUUCUUGGGUGAGUUUACUGCAUACAACGAAAACUCUGGAGUAUGGUGGUUUGUCUUCUUUACGAUCUUCAUUACGGUUAUUUUGGAAGUUAUUAUACAUUGUCUAAAUCACAAUAAAUCGAUCAAAGUCAAAUAAUCAAUCAAUUCGCUGCGUCAGUCGAGUCAGUAAAUUGGUCUUCUUUUAGAAGGGUCUCUCAGAAGUCCAAAUUUCAUUUAUAACAAAAUUAAGUAGGGUCUCUUUGAGUGGAAGUUCAAACAAAAAGUUUAUUAAAUCAACUAAGCUACUCUGUGAAGUAACAAUUAUAUAAACAGCUGUAUACACU